AUGGGAAAGGGAUCCGCCAGAUCUAGUGGCUGGAUGCCCUCAAAUACGCUGAGUGAGCCAAGAGGACAGAAACAUAAUAAUGAACCCAAAAGAUACACCUCCAAGCUCUGGAAUGAGGCCAAGAGGGAUACAUUAGAGAACGAACUUGUUGUGGGGUUGAGUACGGGUGAAUAUUUUCCGGACGUGUCCGGUUCCGGCACUAGAGUUCCCUCUAUUCCAAGUAAAAGAUUGCGCGUCGAUGACACUAUCGGUGAUGAUUUCAAGAGGAAUGACACUGGAAUCGAAUAUUCUUACGUUCCUAAAACACAUAGAGACCUGAAUCCAGCCUUUGGCGAUACGUGUACCAAAAACGCCGGUGAAACAUACGGGAACAGCUCCAAAGAUCGGAGAUCUCAAGGUUUAUUUCGUGCAAUCCAUCAUUCUGGUGCAGAGACAGUGAAAAAUCCAGCAGUAUUGGUUUUCAAAAACAGUGAAGACAUUACGAUGUCCAUCAAAUGGAAGGGUGAGCGUAUUGGAGGUACUGAGGUUGACUUUUUGAAGGAUUGUCAGACCGUUUUUUUUAGUGUCCAGGGAAAUCAUCUAGGCGUGGUUUUGAAGUGCUCAAGAAUUACAAGCUUACAUUCUGACCAGACUAACAUCUUCCUGUGGACUGAGAAAGGCCAAGAACUGGUCCCUCACAUCAAAGAGGUGCUGGAAAGAAGCUUUGUGGAUGUCAUCGUGGUCGAAGGAGAAAAAGUAAGCGACCACGCCGUCAUUAGCGCGAUGAAGAGGAAAGCACUUGCUCAUGGAAAUGCGUCAGUUGAGUGUACACUCCAAGAAAGUUCUAACUACACGCGAGAGCACCAUCCUUUUCAAGGGAAAGAACUGCGCUCAUUGGCCAAACCUUUCACGAAGUCACGCAAUAAGGGCACAAGCACAAUUAUAGGAGUUCCCAGCUCAGCAGAUUUUCCAGAUGGCCAUACUACAUCCCCGGGUCAAUUUUACGGGAAUAAUUCGUCGCAUGUGUCUUUGCUGAACCAUACUUUAUCGAAUGUCAAACGUGUAACGAGGUCGAGCACUGCAACACCACCGACCACAGCCGAUACCGAAGAAACAGAUAUUCAGUUCGAGACGCCGGAAAUUUUCAAACCAGCUUUAUUCUACAAGUUUGAGGAUAAAACCACUCUUUCAAUAACUAACCAAGACUUCAAAUGCCUAUACAAUCAUGACUGGAUUAACGAUUCAAUUCUUGAUUUUUUUGUCAAGUAUUGGACCGAGAACUCUAUACAGAGGGGGAUAAUAAUACGCGAUCAGAUUCAUGUUCUUUCAUCCUUUUUUUACACUAAACUCAUAAGCAAUCCUGACAAUUAUUAUGGAAAUGUCAAAAAGUGGGUCAGGGAUACAGAUUUGUUCAAGAAUGAUUAUGUGGUCAUGCCAAUAAAUGAAAGUUUUCACUGGUUCGGAUGUAUAAUCUGGAACCUUCCCGCUUUGUUCUCUUUUCUCAUUAUGGAGCGCGAUUUCAAACUAAAGCAUCAAAGCGACGGAAUUAAUAGUGAUAUUGAGAACAAUGAUGAACUAUCAGUUACGUCACCUACAGUGUCAAUAAUGAUUUAUGAUUCAUUGCGGCAGACUCACUCCAGAGAGGUUGAACCAAUCAAAGAGUUCCUUAUCGCUUACGCCGCGGAUAAAUACCAAUUGGAGGUCUUGAAACCUCAGAUCAAAAUGAAGACUUGCAUGGUGCCACAACAACCGAAUAUGAGUGACUGCGGGGUGCAUGUCAUUUUAAAUACCAAAACCUUUUUUGAAGAUCCGAAGAGAACUAUUGACCUGUGGCGCGAAGGCAAGUCCAGAAAUAAAGCAUCAGCGAAAGCUGUCAAUGAGUAUUUCGACAAAAAAGGCAGAAGCAACGCACGACCAGCCCUCCGAGAAGUUCUUUGGGAAUUGCAAAGAAAGCAAAUUGAGAUCAACAAGUCAAAUGGUUCUUCAGAGAAUUCUGACCAGAGUCGGAUCCAAGAUGACGAUGACGGACACAGUGACGUUGAAAUCUUGGAGGACUACAUUGAACCAGUAGUCAAAAAGAAGAGCGAUAGUCACAACGAGGAAAGGCUUGGAACCGCAUCCGAUGAUCAUCCCGUACAAGCACGUGAUUUCCACGAGCUUUACUGUGAAGACAAGAGUGAAGUUGAAAAACUGCCAGAGAAGAGCCACGUUCGCAACAAUUUCUCUAAGACCAACGAGGUUUUGAAAGAUUCCAGCAGGUCUGUGACCGGUUCACCCGUUGAAUGUGCUCCUAUAUACGCGGCACAAUCUCACCAAGGAGAUAUGAAAAGCUCGUCAGAGGCCGAUUCCAAUACAGCUCUAGAGAGUCCCAGCCGGACUGCGACGAGCUCUCCUUGUGAAAAGACGCCAAUUACUCAAUCGACGUCAGUCAGGGUCAAUGUGGAUAGUUCUUCGGCGCCUGAGUUGAAUCUCGAGAAAAUUAUACGUCCUAAAUCUCUUCUUACUGAGCUUUCACCCAUCGAGUCGCCUUAUUUCAAGAAAGAGAGAAGUGGUGCAAGGAUCUAUACAUCUGUUAAUUCACGUCUUCGAAUGCCAAAAGACCUUGAAGCCAUAAAUGAAUUUAGCCCUGAAACACUACGAGGCGCGUCAAGCGUGCAUGAGGAACCUCGUUUAAUUUCCAAGGAAGGGUCGAUUGGUGAGCCGAUUUCAAGCUCGUCGAAUCAGAGCGAUUGCGAGUUCGAGGAGAUUCAAGACGCUGACGAAGCACCAAUUGAACACAAAGCAUCCGGGAAAAGGUUUAUAGUCAGCCCGAGGAAGGGAACAACAGGCCUUUAG